AUGGAGACAGGAACUUCAAGAAAGCUCAAAAAAUACAAGUCACGUGUUCCGCGUCUGAUAAGAAGUAAAUCCGAGCCGAGCCAAGAUUACGAAAAAAAUUAUGAAACAGAUUUCAAUGAAAGUGAAGCGCAUUGUGAUCAUUACACGGAAGACGAGUCUCAAGAAUACGACAACGAAGAAGAAGACGAUGACAAGGAAGAAACAAGCAGAGUCAAAACUUUUGGGUUAGGAUUAUGCUCCGCGUGUCAUCUGACGGUGGAUUCAAAAAUGGGCCGUAGCAAGUCAUCGCCUUGCCAUGGCGACCAUCUUGUCUGUCAGCGAUGCGUUAAACAUUGUUCAGAACCAGAUGAAAAUUGUCUUCUGUGCGACUCCAGCGCCAGCAGUAACCAAGCUUACGAAGACUCGUAUGACUUGAUGAAUCUUAACCUAGACUCACCCGAGUCUCAGGAAAUAACUUCUGACGGCUUCCAAAAAAGUCCGCAAGACUUGGAACUGUCUUACACGUCAUUGACGUCGUCGGAAAUAAGAUCAAGCUUAACCUCACGGAACGAGUGUUCUCGGCGACCAAUCCGCUGCCCGAGAUUAGACUGCGCAAUAAACAUUGCGUUUUCUUCCCUUAUAAAUCAUUUCUUGUUCGAUCACCCGGAGGUUCCGAUUCUGAGCGUGGAACCCGGUGUCAAGAGCACCCUGGUGUUUAACAAGUCAACUUUUUUUCAGGACUCUAACCUCUGUCUUGCUAUUCUUCUAAUUUCGGGCAAAUUGACUGAUCAAGUAGCUCGUUUGUUCAACGGAAGUCAACUUCACCCAAAAUAUCGAAAUCGGCUUCCAUUGCCGGUUCUAGCCGCCAGAUUGCGUUCCAGUUCCGCUGACCCACUCAAUUACGAGAUGGAAGUUAUUGUUCUGUGGAUCGCGAGCCUAGAUGUCGCUACUAUCGGAACAAUCUGCUAUUCGAUAGAAGUAGUUGAUGACUUGAACGACUGUAUCCGAUCGUUGAGAUACACUGGACCGGUAAAUUCCCUCCGGAUUGCGCAGCGUCCAAGAGAAGUUCUCAGGAACGGAGAUUGUUUGGUAGUUCAUCGGGAACUGAUUAACCAACUGACGGCUGCGGGUAACCUCAAUAUAAACGUGGUCGUCAAUUAA